AUGCGCAAGAACUCUGCGUUCACAUGUUUUGGGAAGCAAAGCCGUUCACCUUGGGCAGGCUCCUUGCGACUGGCUGCCACUUUGAAGGCUCCAUCGAUUGUGGCAGAGCAAAUAGAGCCCGUCAGUAGUGUAAACGAUCCUAAUGUCGUUUCAUCAGGUCAAGCAGUGUCAGCGGCCAUUGCAGCUGCCCCUCAUGCGCUAUCCCUCGAACAUGAUCCUGAGGUAUCAGAUGAUAGUCAUGCAGUUAUUGUCCUGUCUUCUUCUACUACCGAUGACGCUGGCCAGGGGGAUUCGUCAACUUCUGCCUUAACCACAGAGGACAAGCCCGGUGAAGAUUUUUCUUCGAAUUCGAUUUUGCGUGGCUCACCCUCAGCGGUUCCCGUUUCCUCAGCAUCACAGUCUCUUCCACAGCAACUAAAUCAGCAUAGUUCUUUCCCGCAGUUUGUUCCUAUGACAGUGACCAUUGUUGUUGGAGCCGGAGAGACUGUGAGGGAUUGCACUGAGGAGCUUCCAUCCCAGAGUUUCCUGAUGAGUGUUGCCAGACGCUUUCAGCAACUCCAGCUCCUGCCCCUUCUCGCCGCCUUUGGUCAACAGAGCCUGAAAGUAGUGACAAACCGCUUGCACUCUUCAACUCCGUUGGUGCCUGCUGCUCCUCGGCUUCUGCAAGCAGAUUCCCUCUUACUGUUCCGCGAAACUUCAACGAGAGAGCGGCCCCAGCAAACGAUGCUAGUAGAAGUAGCGUCAAGAACACCUAUGCUCCCGCAGUUCAUCUGGCAAACUGGCUCGGGGUUUAAGGCCCGCAGUGCAGCGGUACAACCAAAUCUCGCCUUGUGGUCAAACCAAUUCUUUGCUCCGUCGCGUCAGCCCCGCAUGAUGGAAAGGGCUGGCUCACAAAACCAGCGUGUAUUCGUGCCGCAGCGAGUCCAGUCAAAUGUCUUAGAGGGACUUCAGGAGCAACCUCGCUCUAGCGAGUCGCACGGGACAGCUCCUCAACUGGGAGGUUCCUUUUUGGGAAGUAUUCUUCAGUCCCUUGAAGGCUCUCCCAUCCGUGUAAAUUUGGGAGAUAUGGCAUGCGCAGCACUUCCUACAUCUGCUUUGAACCGAAAGCUCUCCUGCUGGCUUCUGGGAGCAUUUACUGAGCGUAUUCUUUGUCGUACUGCCUGGUUUGAUCCUUGCCAGGCCAUCAGUGAAGAAACGGCCCACGGGAAACCGCCUCUGUCUCCAGUAGUAUUGCCGUUAGGCAAAGCUGACACCCUCUCCCUUCCGCUAAAGCGUUUGCUCCAUCCAACUCGAGGCAUUCCUAAGAAGAUCCCCAAAGCGGUCAUUACAGAGGAAGGGCCCACCUACCAGCUGCUGUGGCAAGCGCUCACUCGUCUGGAUGAUAUAUGGGCACUCGCCUACUGCGGCCGCGAACUGCCACCUGGCGGUCCAGGAGCAGAGACUCCAAUAAAGCAGCCAUUUGCAGAUGGGGAACGGCGGCGAAACCUGCAAGAAGAAACCCAACAGCAGUCCCAACCAGACGAGGCUCACCGAGAAGGCGAGGAAGAAAAAGAAAACGAGCCAAAGGUGCAAACACAACUACCACCUCCCCUUUCACUGUGGGGAGGCGCCUCUCUUCCUAGUUCAAGUGCGCCUCCAUCGCUUUCUUGGUUGAGUACAGGGACGACUACAAAGCCUGUACCAGCUUCUUCAGCAGCUGAUGAGGGGUCAGAAACGGGCGAACCAGCAGGAGUCCCGGCGGCACAAACGGGACAGCUUGCCCCUGCCUUACGGCUGCCCCAAAGUCCCCCUUCUCAUUCAUCAGGAGGAGAGGAAGCAGCAGCAAGGGCCACCAGCACGUCAACAGGUCCCGCAGCAAGUCCUUCGCCAGCAGGCAGUGAAGGAAAACCGACGUGGCAGCGUGGGCCUCCCCAAGUGUUACCACAAGGACAGGACCUCCUUCCCGGCUGGCGAACGGAGUUAGUCUUGAAAGCGCUUUCCCCUGGAGUGGGAAAUCGGACGAAUGUCUUGGCUGUUGCUGGAAGAAGGGGGACCGAAGUUCUUAUUGCGUUCAGAGGCACAAAGACACAAGUUGAGUGGAUUUUGAACGGUCAGGCGGAGCACGCCUUCAAUUGGUUGGGAGAGGGAGAAGGACGGACAGCUGCUGGCUUUUCCCACAUCUUCAGUGCCGCCUGGCCGGCGCUGCAGGUUUAUCUUGCCUCAGUAGACAGGCCUGAAACACCUUUGAGUCGGAUCUUAAUAACAGGGUACUCUUUGGGAGGUGCAGUGGCAGCCCUCAUGGCCUACGGCAUUGCCUUAAACUAUCCGAUGAAAGUUGAUGCAGUUAUAUUUGGGGCACCACGCACUGGAGACAGUGCAUUCACGGCUGCUUGGGCUAAGAGAGUUAACGGACGCAACGUUGCUUUUACUUUAGACCCCAUCCCCCGAACGCCAUGCAAAGAGAUGCCCGCUUGCGACAAGCCAGGCACAAGGGGUCCUCUAACCCUUCCCAAAAACUUCCUCCGGCUAGCAACCCAUACUCCCAGAAUGAACGGAGCUAGCGGGAGAACUGAAAGCACCACCACAACGAAUGGCUACGGGGACUUCCACGGCCUGGUCUCCUUCGGGCCUGAUGAGCUUGGGGGAUCGACGCGCAACAGAGUGAGUCCCGUUUACGUUAGUUACAACCACAUCUGCUCCUAUCCAUGCUGGCUAGCCACAAAUUUCAACCCUGGGGAACGCCGAACACUCUGCCAGUUGCCAGAUUUCUCCAAUCAGUGGGAUCCUGCACUCUCACCAGACACGUGUCCCGCUCUUCUGUCGUGA